GUACAGGUAGAUACCUUGAAGUUUGAAAACCGGGACAAUGCUAAGGGAUACCAUGAAGUCUUGGAAUGACAGCCAGUCAGAUCUCUGUAGCAGUGACCAAGAGGAGGAAGAGAUGGUUUUUGGUGAAAAUGAAGAGGAUUUGGAAGAGAUGAUGGAUUUCAGCGAUCUGCCCACCUCACUUUUUGCUUGCAGCGUCCAUGAAGCAGUGUUUGAGGUCCAAGAGCAGAAGGUGCAGACGGCAGGGGAGGCUCGGCGCAAGGCCUUCCUGCUGCCACCGCAGCCUGCCAAACAGUUCCUCAUCUCCCCGCCGUCAUCCCCGCCAGUGGGGUGGAAGCAGAGCGAAGAUGCAAUGCCCAUGAUCAACUACGACUUACUCUGUGCUGUCUCUAAGCUGGGGCCAGGGGAGAAAUAUGAACUGCACGCGGGGACAGAGUCCACACCCAGCGUGGUGGUUCACGUCUGCGAGAGUGAGACCGAAGAGGAAGAAGAUAUGAAAAACCCCAAACAGAAAAUCACCCAGACGCGGCGGCCUGACCCUCCCACGGCGGUGCUGAGGGAGCAGCAGACCUUCCCCUGCGCGCUGUGAGCUGCGCUGCCCAGCACUGCCCGGCCGCCGCUCUGCCUGCAGCUGCCCGGCCCUCCAGCCUCCUAUUGAUGCCCACUGCCGCAGGGUGCUCAUGCUGCCAGGGAGCCAGGCUGGAGCCUUCACCAGGCCUGCGCAGGAGGAGUAGCAGGUGGUUUGGAAUUCCACUGGUUUGGAAUUUGGAGUGGUAUUCUAAAUGGCACUUUAAAUGAAAGGAUCAGCCCCUCCUCCCCCCCCCCCCAAAGAUGUGUCAGCUCCAGUCAAUAGCAGAUUAGGAACAUGGCUUCCCAUCUCUGCCCUCUCCCUCUAGCAAUGAUCUUAAAUUCUCCUGAGACCAUACAGCAUGGGUACCCAAUCCCAGAUCCAUAGCACCCAGGCACUUCCAUCUCUACGGAUUUUAAAAUAUUCCUACAGUUUUAAUCUGGUGUGGGGUGGUUUAUACCAGCCAUGAUAGCUUCUAACUAGCACAUGGAUCAAAGGUUAAUAGUAAUUCAGUGUACAUGAUGUUUUUUUUGCAUGAAAAGAAACCUGAAAUGCAGAAUAAUUUCUAUCACAAGUAUCUCUUUCAUUACAUUGGGGAAGACAUGCCAAAUCUACUCUAUCAUAAGUAAGGCACAGAUCAGAGCCCAUCCUCCACCUGGGUCUCAGGAAGUGGGGAAGUGUGCACACAGGGCCUGUGCCUCCCUGGCCCCUCCUGAGCUGGGCUCCCUUAGAAGAGCAGGCCCACCACCAGGAGGCGUGGCUAGCUUUGACUGCCAUGGGUGACCAUUUCUACCUGUAGGGACACAGGGGCAAGCGGUCCUCACUCACCAGCCUUUGUCCCCACCUCCUCCAGCGUUAACUGCUAGUUUUUGAGGUUUUUCUAUGCUAUGCGUAUAUUGGUACAUGACUUUCAUAGUUUUCAAUUAGAGAAGAUAGUGAGAAGACAAAACUUUUCCAUUGAAACAUUUCCAGCCUGCUUGGAAGGAAAAGUCAUGGGACUAUUUUUCUAUGAAAUAGGGGAUUAUGACAGGUAGAUUGCAUUUUUCUUUCUGAUGCAAUAUUUUUACCUAGGCUUAAAGUUGGCACUUUCCCUUCAAACAGAUGGUUUUCCAAAUCAGGCUUCAGAAAGUGUUAUUUGAACCUCUUUGAGUAGAACAGCACCUUUGACGCUUUGUGGUCUAUUCAGAUUCUGCAAUCCCUCUUACGGUAAAACCCUAAGAAAGCAGCUGCCUGCCCCUUCAGCUGCAGCCAGCACAAAGAAAAUGCAGAGAAAAACCCAGACGCCACGAUGUCUGUGUGUUCAGUAACAUGCUUUGUGAUUGAUUUACUUCUUGUUAUGGUAGAGUUUGUUUCUGAGGAUUCAAAUGAUACUUUGCUCAGAGGAAAAAUAGCUUUCUUUAUUUUCCUUGCCUUCAGAAAACUUGAGGGGGCAGGGAAUGUUGCUUAGUGGUAGAGCGCUUGCCUAGCAUGCAUGAAGCCCUGGGUUUGAUUC